GGGAGGCCCCGUUUGUGGCAGGGGCUUUGCCGCCGCUCUGCUGUGGGGCGGGUCCCCGCUCUUCCAAACCCCCCCUCGUCGCAGGGGCUCGCGGGUCCCGAGCGGCCCCGCAGCGGCGGCCGGUCGCGGCUGUCCUGAUCCUAGCGACCGGCCAAAUCUGUGGAGAAACGGGUUAAAAGCUCUUUAAAUUUUAAAUACUCUCUACCGCUGUAGCAAUAUUGAGCAGCACUGGCUCGAUCCCCGUAGCGGUACGACUGUGUGCGCAUCUUUUUGCUGCUUGAAGGGGGACUGGGGCUUAUUCCUGCUUUUUCACUGCUUAAAGGGGGACUGGGGCUUAUUCCGGCUUCUUCUCUUCUAGCCCUGGCUUUUGCCUGCCGGCAGCCGUGAAGAUGCUGGAGCAGCUCGUGCAGGAGGGAUGCCUGUCGGCCCUCAUGUGGGAGGCCUGCCAGCAGCAAGCGCAGGAGCGCUCGCCUGAGCUGCAGGAGAGCCUCCUCGGCAACAUCGUGUGUUUGCCCGAUCGCGUGAGCAAUAAGCUCCAGGGGAAAAACCCAGCCGUGUUCUUCCCGCAGAACUACUUUCCUCUGCUGGGCAGUGCCAUUAUCCAGGUGCUGCAGAAGAUCUCUGAUUCUCUGAGAGGUGGCUUGGAUUGCUCAAUCUCUUUUGUGUCUCAUGUGCUGGGGAAGGUAUGCAUUCACGGGAGACAAAAAGAAAUUCUGAGCGUUUUGGUGCCCCGCCUAACAGACCUCACCAAGUCAGACUGUAUCUGGCAAAGGAUAUGCUGGCGACUGGUCGAAUGUGUGCCAGACCGCUGGAUGGAAGCAGUGGUCCUUGGUUUUGUUCAGAGAGCGUCGGGGGCGGAUGUCUUGUCUAGAUUGCUGGGGAACCUUGUUGUGAAAAACAAAAAAGCUCAGUUUGUGAUGACGCAGAAGCUGCUGCUCUUGCAGUAUGGCUACACGACUGCAGUGCUACAGAAUGUCCUUGGCUACCUGUCACUGGACAGCCUUCGACGUGCCUUAUUGAUCAAAGUGCUGCAAGAACUCUUGGAGACCUGGGGCAGCAGCAGUGCUGUGAAACACUCUCCACCUGAGCAGCAGCAAUACAUUAGCAAGGCCAUUCUCAUCUGCCUCUCCCACCUGAAGGAACCUGAGAUAGAGAGCUGCAGACAAGAGCUUCUUACAAGCAUGAUGGCAGGUGUAAAAUGCCACCUGGAUAGCAGUCUGCCGCGGAUACGGCAUCUGGGAAUGAUUGUGGCCGAGAGCAUUAGUUUGAAGAUAAACACUGAUGGGCCUGUCCUGAAAUUUCAGUAUGAAGAAGACAAUGAAACGCGAGAGCUGAAGUCCCUUCUGGUGCAGGCUCCACCAUGCUGUGUUGUCCCCAGCCUUCCAGAAGAUGAGAAUGAAAGAGCAGAUGCUGCACGGCCAGUGGUAUUGGAGAGCAAUGAGAAACCAUCUACAGCAGCCUGUGCGACACCAGGUGGAGAGUCGGAUGCUGAGCUUGACAGUGAUGAUGACCUCAUCCCUUACGACAUGUCAGAGGAUAAAGAAUUAAAGACGACUAAGGCUCCUGUAUAUAUUCGAGACUGCAUUGAAGUCCUAACAGGAUCUGAUGAUGUGGACAAAUGGGACACUACAAUCAAGGCUCUUGAGAGCUUGGUUCGAAAGAAUCCAGCAGCAACAAGAGAGGUUAGUGUGGAGCUGGCAAAAAUACUACUGCAUCUGGAAGAGAAGACCUGCAUUGAAGGCUUUGCAGAGCUCCGUCAGAGAGCCCAAGUAGCUGUUUUAGCCACUGAUCCAGUACCUGUAGCACAGUAUCUGACCUCUCAGUUCUACUCCCUGAACUACAGUCUUCGUCAGCGCAUGGACAUUCUCGAUGUAUUGGUUUUGGCCGCUCAGGAAAUGUCUUAUCCCAAAGCCCGAGGGAAAAACAAGCAUUCUGGUGCUCAGAAACCUUGUAUCCAGCUCCUUCCUGGAACUGACAGCUCUAAGGACUGGAGAAGGAUUGUUGAUGAGAGGAUCAGAAGCAAGACCCGGAGGUUUGCUAAGCCUCAAGUGGAACAGGAUUCUGGCCCAAACGCAUUCAGUUCUAUUGCUGGGCACUUUUUCUUCCCAUUGAUCCAGAACUUUGACAGGCCUUUGUCAACGUUUGACCUACUGGGAGAAGAUCACUUUGUGCUUGGAAGAUUGGUGCACACAUUAGCAAUCCUGAUGUACUUGGCUGUCAAUGCGAUGGCAGUCACCACAAUGGGAAAGGCACUGCUGGAGUUUGUUUGGGCUCUGCGUUUCCACACUGACUCGUAUGUGCGCCAGGGUCUCUUGUCCUGUAUCUCCUCCAUACUCCUUAGUGUCCCUGCUCAACAUCUUCUGGAAGACAUGACUGAAGAGCUUUUGGAGACUCAAUCUUGGCUGGCAGAUGUGGUAGAGAAAGACCCAGAUGGGGACUGCAGGAGGCUGGCCUUGCAGAACUUGCUACUAAUGGAGAACCUGAAAAAGAAACUUGAAACUGUCCCUUCCUAGUCGAAGGGUAAAAGAAAUGACCUCUACCUCAUACUCUUGCCAGCUGGCUGCUUGUAGGCACUGCUGGGGCCUCUUCAACAGUCACCUGGCUGGACAAGAGGAAGAAGGGGGGAAGGGUGCAGAGCUGGAAGCCAGAGAACCUGACUUGACAUCUGGACUUUGUAGUGGAGGCCAAUUUAGUGAGCUAUCGCUAUCCGGUACGGAGUGUACAGAUGCAGGAAGGUAGGCUAGCACUGCCAUCCUCUCCACACCUCCCCAGCCCCCACCCCCAGCUAUUUAUAACUUUGGCUGGUUUGAGCGUUCUGCUAAAAAUACAGGGAGGAUCUCAUAGUAGACUUCUCGUCAGAAAAACAGGAGGGCUGGAACCAGCCGCUUACCUCUUGGCAGGGGGCUAAGUCUAUGGUAUUGCCCGUAAGAAAGGCUCCUGUGUCUUCUAGCAAUGCAGCAUUUGGCAGAAUAGUUGCCGGCCUGUUGUUCAAAGGGGUGGCGCGUUAUCAGGAACGAUACCACCGACGAGACGUAUGCACUGAAUCGCUACAGUGCAGGUCUGCAAAUGUUCCAGACCUUCAAGGAGAAAAUUUCUAGAGCUGUACUGAGUUUAGGAGAGAACAAAGCAGGAAUUUUCUCUUUGUAAAAAUCUUAAUAUUGAAUAAAGUUUCUGUUAAAGGGUAAUUAAUGGCCAGAUUCUUGUCUUAAAAUCUCCCCUGAGAAAGCACAGAAUUUAAAUAACGUCAGAGUCAGCCGAAGUUUUGAAGCAAGUCACAAAACACAGGGGGAAAAAAAAAAUCACUUUUUAUCUAGGCAGAAGAGAUGGUUACUACAAAAUGUGUGUGCAUGUGUAAAUACAGUUUCUUUCAUGUGACAGGACAACAGGCUUAAAGCAGCCAAGAUUUUGCUCACCUUUAUGUUGGGCUUCACUACCUGUUUAUGGCUUGUCCUGCUUGUGCCAGGGAAGAACCUUGCAUCCUAAAAUAGAACUAGUGCAGAGGAGCCUGGUGUAACUGUGGUGUUUGCAAAAGAAGCUUCACAGCAAGUAAGUUUAAGCAAAUACUGUGGAAGUUUUAGAUGCCCCUUUGUUCAGACUUCUAAGGGAAGACAAAUAUCUGCACAUUAGCAGAUCAAAGUUGUACUCAAAAAUUUUGUCAACUCAGGAGUUUCCACUUCAAUUACAGAACUCCUCUAUAUUCAGAAAAGGCCUUAAGUUACAAUACGCAGUUGUCAUUCUUUUUCUUUUUUCCUCAAAUUUAUUAAAAUACUAAAAACAGCUUCAAAACAGGAUAUAUACAUUUGGGCUUUUGUACUUAGUGUUUGAAAUAGCGUAUAACUGUUGCUGUACAAUGAAGCAAAAAAAAUAAAUUUCUUGGUAAGAACCAAAAGCCUGCUGCAGCAGUGAGCUGAUUGAUGUAUGACCCUCUAAUGAGGACAGAAGAAAUGACCUAGUGUUAAAGUCAGUUUUGGCUUUGGUAAGCCAAGUUGUCAGGGGUCCUCCACUUCAUCA